CAAUCGAUCAUCAACCAAAGUCAUCAUUUUUACAAAAUGAUUUGAUUAAAGUUUUAGCAGCGAUUUUAUUCUUUACAGGAAAUACUUUCGUGUUAUCGUCAAUGUAUGCGCUAGGUAUAACUGGAACUUAUCUUGGUGAUUACUUUGGUAUUCUAAUGGAUAGUCGAGUUACAUCUUUUCCAUUUAAUGUGCUUGAAAAUCCGAUGUAUUAUGGAUCGUCUAUGGUGUUUUUAUCCACUGCUUUAUG